AUGUUUUUGACACUAUCACCCGCCACUUUCUCCUUCGUCUUCCUCACCCUGGGCUACUUCCUGGUCCGCUACUUGAACUCCACCGACCAGCCGAAGAUCAAAGGGCUCCCUGAAAUUCCAGGUGUACCACUGUUUGGAAAUCUACUCCAACUCGGCCAGGACCACGCGCGUGUCACGGCUCGGUGGGCAAAGGAAUAUGGCUGGCCUGUCUUCCAGACACGCUUGGGCAAUCGCCGCAUCAUCUUCGCCAACACAUUCGAUUCCGUCAAGCACUUUUGGAUCACCAACCAAUCGGCUCUAAUCUCCAGACCGAUGCUAUACACCUUCCACAGCGUUGUUUCGAGCAGCCAGGGCUUCACGAUCGGAACUUCGCCCUGGGAUGAAUCCUGCAAGAAGCGUCGCAAGGUGGCCGCCACGGCGUUGAAUAAGCCGGCGGUCCAGAGCUACAUGCCUUUCAUCGAUUUGGAGAGCUGUGUCGCUAUCAAGGACAUGUACAAGGAUUCGAUGAAUGGCACGCUGGACUUGGAUCCGAGGAAAUACUUCCAUCGGUUCGCCCUCAACACCAGCUUGACGCUGAACUAUGGUAUCCGAAUCGACGGAGGAAUUGACCAAGAACUGCUUAGGGAAGUUGUCCACGUCGAACGGGUGGUGUCAAACUUCCGCAGCACGUCCAACAACUGGCAAGACUACAUUCCGCUGCUGCGACUGCCGUUCAUCUCUCGCCAGAACAAAUCGGCCGCAGAAUACCGAGAGCGUCGAGACAAGUAUCUCACCACCUUCUUGAACAUGCUCAAGGAGCGCAUUGCGAAUGGGACCGACCGACCUUGCAUCACCGGCAACAUUAUCAAGGACCCCGAGGAAACGCUAAACGAAGCCGAACUCAAGUCCAUCUGCUUGACCAUGGUCUCCGCCGGCAUCGACACUGUGCCCGGCAACAUGAUCAUGGGGCUGGGAUACCUCGCGUCCCCCGAGGGCCAACAUAUCCAGAAACGGGCCUACGAAGAGAUCAUGAAAGUGUAUCCCGAAGACGGCGAGGCGUGGGAGAAAUGCCUGGUGGAGGAAAAGGUGCCCUACAUCACAGCCCUGACCAAGGAAAUCCUUCGAUACUUCACCGUGAUCCCCAUCUGCCUGCCGCGCACCAGCAUCAAGGACAUCAAGUACAACGACGUGACCAUCCCCGCGGGCAGCGUCUUCUACAUGAACGCGUGGGCGGCCGACUACGACGACACGCACUUCAAGGACCCGGCCAAGUUCAUCCCGGAGCGCUACCUCAACGACCAGGAGGGCAGCGGGACCCCGCAUUACGCCUACGGCGCGGGCAGCCGCAUGUGCGUGGGCUCGCACCUGGCGAACCGCGAGAUCUACACGGCCUUCCUGCGCAUGAUCGUGGCCUUUGAGUUCGUGCAGGCCAAGGACCCCAAGGACUGGCCCAUCCUCGACGCCAUCGAGUGCAACAGCAUCCCGACCGCCCUCACCACCGAGCCCAAGCCGUUCAAGGUGGGCUUCCGGGUCCGGAACAAGGAGGCCCUGGAGCGAUGGAUCCGGGCGAGCGACGAGCGGACCAAGGAUCUGUGA